UGUUGAGUAGUGGGGGGCAGGGUAGUGGGGGGCAGCCGGGCGUGUUGGCGGUGCUUCGCGAGGCGCUCCACAAAGUCGUCAGCGUCGUGGCCAACACCGCCUGGGACGAGAGCGCGGCGGAAGUGCAUGGUGUGGACCAGCUGCGGUGCCUGGAGCAGCAGUACACGGACUCCCUGCAGACAGACGACAAAUCACAGGAACACGCCCUCAUCACCUCUCUGCGUCUCCAUCUGCGAGACCCCCAGCGGCCCCUCCCCUCGUCCCCACACCGCGACCGGGACGCCUCUAGGGUGUUGGUGAGCUCCCUGCAGGCUCUGUGUACCCAGCUGGGCCCCUGCCGCCCUGCCCACGUGGGGUGGUCUGGGAGGGGGCGGUGUAUGGGCGGUGGCGGUGAGCCCCGGGCCCCCGCCUUGGGGGGGCUCACGGAGCCUGCAGCUCUGGAGGCAGAGCUGCAGGCAGCUCGAGCGGACGCCCUGGCGCAGAAAUGCUACAAGGUGGAGACGGAGGUGGAGAACUGGGUCCAGAAAUACGACGCAGACAUCGGGGAGCUGGAGGAGCAGUGUGUCGAGCUCCGUGCUGCCUGCCAGGAGGUUGCUGUCCACACGGCCGACAUGCUGCCCCGCCUCUCCGCGCUGGCGCUGGAGCACGAGCGUGUGCAGGGCGUCCGCGCCCGUGCCCUGGCCCUGGCCCGUGAGGGCCGCCUGCAAGCCCUGCGCAGCAGCAGGGCGGCCCGCGUGCUGCAGCGGGCGUGGGCGGCGUACCGCAGCGCCGCACGCAACAGCAAGAAGAAGGGGAAGAAGAAGGGGAAGAAGAAGGGUGGCAAGGGUGGCAAGGGUGGCAAGGGUGGCAGCAGGAAGUGAAACUUGGCCUGUGUAGGGCUCAGGGCUGUAGGGGUCAGGGGUGUAGGGGUCAGGGGUGUAGGGGUCAGCACUGUAGGGGUCAGGGGUGUAGGGGUCAGGAGUGUAGGGGUCAGCGCUGAGUCGGGGUCAUUUCUGUUCACCACCGAGUAAAGCCAAAA